GGACAUUGUGCAGGAAAACACGUAUAACAAUAAACGACAGGAUCUGGACCUCUUUACAUUUGGAUCGUGCAGAAAUGUGUUUACGUAUGAAUUUGGAUAUAUGCAUCCGUGGUUUGGUCCUGAUAUAACAGGUGAACAGCGCGAGUUUGAGUGAUGGGAAGUUGUUUUGGCGUGAUGCAGCAAAGGACUCACCUGUCCUCCAGGCAUGCAUCCAGAUACAGCACAAAACGGGGAGGACGUAAUGAGCCCCUGAAGAAAGACAAACCUAAAUGGAAAAGUGACUAUCCUAUGACCGAGGGCCAGCUGCGCAGUAAAAGAGAUGAAUUCUGGGACACUGCCCCAGCCUUUGAUGGCCGUAAAGAGAUAUGGGAUGCAUUGAAAGCUGCAGCUGUAGCGAUCGAGUGUAAUGAUCACGAGCUAGCACAAGCUAUUGUAGAUGGAGCCAGCAUCACAAUGCCUCAUGGGUCUCUUAUGGAGUGCUAUGAUGAACUGGGGAACCGCUAUCAGCUCCCUGCAUAUUGCCUGGCUCCUCCUGUCAACCUGGUCUCUGAGUGCAAUGAUCAUAAUGUAUCUGAACACCCCGAGCCACAGGAGAAGAAGGAGAAGGAGUUCCAGCUGAAGGUGCGUCUCUCCACUGGAAAAGACCUUCAUCUCAGUGCCAGCAUGGCUGAUUCCAUCCGUAAGCUAAAGAAGCAGCUUCAAAGUCAGGAAGACAUCAAUGCCGCCAGCCAGCGCUGGUUUUUCUCUGGUAAACUACUCACAGAUAAAACACGUUUACAGGACACCAAGAUCCAGAAGGACUUUGUAAUACAGGUCAUUGUCAGUCAGCCUAUUGUUCCCAACUAAGCACUCAGAACCCAGGACAAUGAACUGACAAAACCAACAGACACUUUAUCUGAUCAUAUGUUUCCAUUUUUUAAACCUUCCAAAAUCCCCCCUUUUUCACAGCUUAUGUAACUCCUCGUUGGAAACCCACUUAUCAGGUCUGAGUUUCAACACUUGUUCUUCCCAAACUUGAAGCAUAAACAUUCCUUCUAGAAGCAUCUGCUUUUAAAACCUGAAAGGAACUGAGAAGGCAAAACAGAUACAUGCAGAUAUAAGCUGAAUAAAGUGAAUGUACACUCAGAGGAGUGUACAUUACCAGAAUUUCACGAUUUUGGUUUUGUUUGUGUUUACCGUAUGCUUAACAAUACCAAAUUGUAGCAUGACAAAUUUUAGAUGCCUUGCCUUUUUGGUUUUAAUAUUCCAACAUUAUGUUGUGUGGAUAUUCCUUUCAGUGGUCCUAUAAGGUAUCAUUUAACAGAUCCAUGAUACAGUCUGACCUUCAUUGUUGAAUAGGAACGGCGUGCAGUGUAAAACAGACGUCAAUCUUCACUGCGAAUUUCAAAAACACAGGUAUUUUUAUUUUAAAUCUUUAAUAAGACACUAUUUAAAUGGUUCUUGAAUCAAGUCACAAGGUUAUGGACUGCUCUGAGACCACAGAAUCUUUCUGUUAUUGGUAUGUAUCUGUUUUCAACAGGAAAACUUUGAUGUGCUGAACGAACAGGUACUGUAUCAAGAUUUUGCAUUGCCAGUUAUAAUUAUGCAUAUUCAUAUACUUUGUAUACAAGUAUUUGUUUACAUACAGCCAACUGUUUGUAGCUAUGCUUGUAUAGAGGUUUGUACAGUAAUUUAUUAUAGCCUAAACAGUUUAUUUUCUUAUUUCUAAUCUGAAUAAUUUUGAAAACAAUAAAAAGCUAUGGUUUUACAAUGUUUGUAAUUGCAGUAAAAUGGCGGAAACAAAACAUUGUUGCUAUAAAAAUUUGUUUGUAGACUAGGUCUAAAUUUUAAUAAUAUUGCAAAUUGUAAGAUUUCAAUUUAACAAGUUCAUUAAGAAACAGACUUGCAGCUAAGGAAUGAAAACAACCUAAUUUCACUGUCAACAUUUUACAGUUUUUGUUUUUUACUAAAUUUGACUGAUUCUGUCAGUUGCAAAAAUAUUUUUGUACUUUUGUAUUGCAAAGGAUUGGAUAGUUUAACUCACAAAUUGGCUUAAUGGAAUGUUUCAGGUUCAAUAGAAGUUAAGCUCUAUCAACAGCAUUUGUGGUGACAUGUUGAUUACCACAGAGAGGCUUUUAUUGACUAUUUUUCCUUGAAUAUCUAAUGGGAUGAAAUGGAAUGGAAAAGCAUAAUGCAAAACAUAGUAGUCUGAGUAUCAGUGCAAAUACCAGAAUUUGUAACACCAUCUAUUGAUGAGCACCCA